CUCAAACUUUAGUUUAGUGGAAAAAGCCCCUUAUCGGAUUUGAACCGAUGACUUACGCCUUACCAUGGCGUUACUCUACCACUGAGUUAAAAGGGCUUGUUUUAUUCGAUUCAUGAAUUAUAGCCUUUUUCCAUUAUGAGUCUACUGCAUAAUAUAUGUACAUGAUAUAUACAUAUAUGCACAUAAUAUAUACAUAGUUCAUUUAGGAGCAAUCAAUUUGAUUUACCCCCCAAAAGUAAAAAGUGGGCAAAUUUUUUAUUUUUUUUUUUGAUAAAAAUAAUGCAGUGAAUUGUUUCAAGACCGACCCCGCUUGUUUACCUUUACUGACUCAUCAAAACAAGAUUCACUUGAUUGAUACAUGUACCAAUCUGACAUCGACAUAGAUUCGAUAGAUUUUCUUGAAUCAUGUGAUGAGGGUAUUCGUACCCUGAACCGAAUUCUUAUAAAAAAAUAAAAAAGAAAAAAGGAAAAUUUCUAUCGUUUUUUAAUUUUCUGACUUAAUGUGAGAUAGUGAUAGGCAUAUUUUAUCUGAACAAUGAACGAAGCAAUGAGUUAAGUUAAAAUUAAUGAGUUAAAAUUGAAGAAAAGAAAUUAAGUGGGGUUCUACCCCCUUUUCUGUUCUGUCGGACCAAUCACUGCCUGAACUGACGGAGUCCUGUACCUCCUUUCGCUAUAUAAAAUAGUAUGGGAUGGUUCAUUCAUGAACCAUCAAAUCCAAAACAAAAUUCUAUGGAAUCAUAACAUAAAAGUAGAAAAGAGUGUUCAGAUCUAGUCAUAUCAUUAGAUUAUAUUGACAAUUCCAAAAAACUACUCAUACUAUCAUCAUAGUAUGAUGACAGUUGGGCGGAUAUGCCCCUAUCGUCUAGUGGUUCAGGACAUCUCUCUUUCAAGGAGGCAGCGGGGAUUCGACUUCCCCUGGGGGUACUACGAAAGGAAGUUGAUCAUGGAUUAUCAAUAAGCCUAGAAGGAAUUCUUCCUGGGUCGAUGCCCGAGCGGUUAAUGGGGACGGACUGUAAAUUCGUUGGCGAUAUGUCUACGCUGGUUCAAAUCCAGCUCGGCCCAAAAAUUCGCCGCUCCAUGAAUAUGAUAUAACCAAUGAUAUAACCAAUUUGUCCCCCAGAAACAAAAAUACCUGAUCCGUAAAAGAGAAAGAGUCCAUUUUUGUUUCUCUAUCCAUGUUUUUCUCAUUCGUUCUGAUCUUUUCUUUCUAACGAUCUAGAUUCAUAAUACUUAAUCAAAGCAAAGAUUAUGAAAGGAAAAAUCGUUUUUUCUCAAUGAAAGGUUGAUUAUCUAUUUUUGGCAAUAAAAUAAAAUAAACACAGGUUACUAGUAAUCCGUGUCACUUUCACUAUAGUCCAUAUCUAUGUGUUCUAUGUGUAUAUGAUAUCAGUUAGUAUAUCAUUCGUGUCUCUGUUACAACGCGACGAAGAAAAUGUUUUUCUGAAACCAUUAAGAAUAUGUAUACCAUACACCUCGCUGGGAUUGUAGUUCAAUUGGUCAGAGCACCGCCCUGUCAAGGCGGAAGCUGCGGGUUCGAGCCCCGUCAGUCCCGAACUAGGAUCCGACCGAUGAAUGGAGAAAUGAAUUUAUCUAUUUUCCGUGAAAAAGGAGACAGGGGGCAAGAUCUAAUCCCCAGUGGAGAUCCUUAUUUCUUUUGUUUUUCAUUUCGCAUUUAUCAUCAGACAAAUACAGGAAUUUCCAUUUCUUCCACUAGUGCCGAGUGAUAAGGGAGAGACAUAACAUAUAUAGAUUCGUACAAUCGGUGGUAUUCCUAUAUUUAGUAUUUUAAGAGAUACUCGUCUGACUUUCUUUUUCGAUUUUCUUGAUAAAUGAAAUAGAAUAGAGUGCUCCUAUUUUUACCGAGAGUACAUACGCAAAUUGUAUUCGUUUAUUGUACAAUACAUAAUGAACUUAACAUAAUUACCUCGACAGAGUACUUGUCAGGUUAAACGACAACCCUUUUUAGCUUCGACUUUGUUUGUGUAUCCUCAAUGACUAAUUGGAAACAAUCUAUCUCAUUCUCAUUUAAAUUGCACACUGAAUUUUUGAUGUAUGCCUUCCAGUCCCAAUCGAAGAAAGAGAUACUAAUCAAAUAAAAGAAAAGACCAAGCAACGUUCCUUUUUAUUAAAUUUGUUGGAAUUAUAUUAGAUCUUUUAUACUUAACCCGUCCUUUUUCCAUCUCACUUCUACUCUUUGGAUCUGUGUGUGAUUCAUAGAAUACCAGUCAUAUAAUACCUCAUAAUUGUAUGUACAUAAUUGUAUGUAUAAGUAUAACGAAGGAGGAGUAUAUAAGGAAGACGGUAGGGUUAUUUAUAGAAAAGAAAAAGUGGAAAAGGAUGAAAAUUCAAUGGGAUUCUUUAUUGGAUCAGGAAUCCCAUUUCAGAUUUAGUAUGGAUAAAGGAUCUUCCUAUGUUAUACUAUUCAAUUCUCGACGAUGAAUCGAUUUGAUAGAUCAGAUAUUGUUAUUCAUAAUAUUGAUCCGAUUCAGUAUCAUCAGGAUGCAAUUCAUCCCAUUGAAUUUACAGGAAUCAAAUUUCUCAUCUCUAUGGGAUUAGAUCCCGAGUUAUUGCGAAGUAAAAAAACAAUGAGAUUAUGGAAGUAAAUAUUCUCGCAUUUAUUGCUACUGCACUGUUCAUUCUAGUUCCUACUGCCUUUUUACUUAUCAUCUACGUAAAAACAGUCAGUCAAAAUGAUUAAUUUGACUGAAACUUGAUUUAUUAGUUCUUAUCAAUGAUUGAAUAAAUGAAAGAAACGGAUUCAAACUCCAAGUCUUAAAUGAAAUGAUCUGUCUGGAAUCAUAAGUAUCUGAGAUAAUAAGUAUCUGAGAUAGUAGUAUCUGAGCCGAGAUAGUAUGGUAUAGUAUUUAUUAUCCUAUUAAUGAUUUUCAUAGAAAGUUGUACUGUAUACAGAUAUAGGCUUUUAUAUAGAGAAAGCCUAUAUCUAGGUCAAUAUACAAUAUGUAUGUACAUAGAUUAGAUGUAUAUCUAAAUAGUACAUCAAAAUAACAGUCCAAUUCUAUUAUUUUUUUGGCUACAUUUACUUGUGUGGAUUUCGAUCAAUUCAAAAUAAUUGAAGACCAACUCUUCUAAUUCCUGGCUUUCUUAGAAUUUAUAUAUAUAUAGGUAUAGGUCCCGAGAUCUAUCAAAGGAAUCAAUGGAGCAAGACAAAAAGAGUAUGGGCAUAUUCUACUAUAAAUUAAAUAAAAAAAAAGAUAAAAGAAAACGAAACCAAAGAAAAGAAUCUUUUUCUUUUUUUAGAUUUCCCAUCUCAAGAAGUCAUUGCUUGAUCUAUUAACAGAUGAUCUGCGGAGUUCUAUUCCAUGAUAACUUCUUCAGAUUUGAAAAAGAAGUAGAUUAAUAGAGUAGACCUUCCCAAUUUUUUAUGCUUAAACAUGACAUGAGAUGAGUCAAAAAAAGCAUAAAAAAAUCUCUAGGAGUCUAAAAAAAAGGUGAAAUGCGCGAUAUGUGGAUCGCUCAACGGAAGAAAGAUCUAAUCUUAUUAUGUGUAGAACCUCUUUGGACAACAACUAGUCAUUUCCAAUAGAAAGUAUGUAUUGUCGUAAUCUAAUAUAAUUAGAAUAGCGGAACGGCUUUCUCUUCUCUUAGAACAGUAAAAGUAAAGAAAGAGGGAAACAAAUAAAGAAAAAAAGAAAAAACCAAUUUCAGAUUUUUUCUUUUUGUAAUAUCCAUAAUUCUGGUAAGAGCUGGUUUAUCAAAAUAGAAUAUUUAGGAAGAAUUCGGUUGGAAAAAAUUUCCUAUCAUGCGUAGAUUUAGGUUUCGAAAUACAACUAUAGUAAUCAUUCAUUCUUUGAUCGAAUGGUUAUUAUUCAUUAUUGUAUUUUCUUAUUCAUUACUGUAUUUCAGUAUAAUUUUGAAACAGAGACAUUCUUUUUUUAAAGCUUUGCAAAACGAUCAAUUAAACAAUUGAUAGAAUUCAAUUACUCAAUCGAUUACUCGAUUAGUAGUACCCCUAGAGUCCACUCCUUCCCCAUACUACGAGUGAGAGGGAAAAUGUAAAGACUACCAUUAAAGCAGCCCAAGCGAGACUUACUAUAUCCAUAUAAAUUAUGUCUCCUAUCUCUAUGAAGGAAUUAUUCCAUUAUUGAUCAAUAAUCAUAGUGGAAUCAAUGGCGCAGAGUCAAAAUGGAAUUCUGACUUAACUUAAGGCUAUUGAUGAACCAAUCCAAUGAAUCUACUCGUAACAAGAUUAUAAGAUUUCUGGUAGAAUCGGGAAGCAUUAAGCAUAAAUACAAUACACACACCUUUUCUCGGAAAAUGAAAUAACAAAGGAAUACUCCUAUCCCAAUGGAACAUGUAGGAGUACUAAGACCUAUUGUUUGUUACCCUUUUUCAUAAGCAAAAGACAUCAAAAUAUACCAUCAAGAUAGAUAACUAUCUAUCAGAUACCUCUAUUUCCUAUUUGAUCUAAGCCUUACUGUUUUUUUUGUGAAAGAAUGGGGAGACACCAUCACCAGUAUUACAUACAUUCUUUCUUUUUUUCGUAAUCCCCCUAUCUUACACGGGCAAAGAAAUUCCUACACGGGCAAAGAAAUUUUUUUGUUUCUUCAACUUUUACUUUUACUCUUUACUCAAUAAGAGCCGACCAACUAUCCUGAUUGAAUGUUUGAGUACUCAGAGACUCUCGUGAGUCUGGAUACAAAGUAUCUUCAGUCCUUUCCACAACUUCUAAAUUGAUUUCCCAUCAGCCUAUCCAAUCGAAUUCCAGACAGAGUCAGUAGACACAACGGUGGUAGUGUAAAAUAAUUAGGAAUUCUUGAUAGUCUUUCGUACAAUCUCUUCUUCAAUCCUAGUAGCAAAAAUGGAGUGUCCUUUAGGAACCUUUGGAUACCAAGAUUUCCGACCUCUUACUUUCGUAGUUUUGAAUCCCAGAAUUUACUUUCACUAUUUAUUUAUUCUACUUAUAAAAUAAAUGUCCGAACCAAUCAUAAUCAUAUUAAAAUCAUAAUCAUAUUAAUAAGUAAGGCUUACUUCAUCCCUAUUUGUACCGGUUUGGGCCACACCCAAAGCCCGGAUUUUUAGAAAAAAAUUGACUUUCUUUAAAAAAAUUGACUUUCUUUAUAGAACUACAGAUUCUAAAAAUAAAGUAUCGAUAGGCUUAUCCUUUUGCCUCUCCUUCUCCGGGGACAGAAUUCGUCGAGUUAAAUCAGCAGAAUAAGAAAUCCCAAGUUUUUUGUUGAUCAGGCGACACCCAGAUUUGAACUGGGGAUAAAGGAUUUGCAGUCCCCCGCCUUACCACUUGGCCAUGUCGCCAAACCAAAUUCGAUCCAAAUAAGAUAAAAAAUAGAUUUCUGGUCAAAGACUGAAAAAUUCAGGGCAAAUUGGAACCAUUAACUAUUUGUUUUGUUGUUUUGAAUUAGCGAAAGGUUCUUCAAUUUGUAUCUCAAAUUGUUGCGUUUCCUUAAUGGCAUAACAAAAUCAAAUUGAUUUAUGACUAAUUCAGUAUCAAUUAUUUUCAAUAAUCAAUCUUUUUCAAUUUCAAUUAUAACAAUAUAAAUUAUAACAAUAUAUAUGUGUAUAUGUAAACCUCAAAACAGAAAUUGUUACACAGAUACCGCUCUUAUGUACAUAUCCCAUAUCCCUAUAGAGAAUCGUCGUGCCUUCUUUUUUCAUUUUCUAUAUGCAAUAGAAAAAAUAGGAAUUAUGAUAUAGUGCGACCUGACUUCUGUUGCCACAAGUGAAAUUACGAUAAAAGAUGUGAUAUGCGGACAGGUAGAUAGCUAUAUUGGCAUGCACUUAAUAAAUAUUACUCCUAUUACGCAAUUCAAUCAUAUUCUAUAUAUUCUACUAGCAAAAAAAUAAUUCGAAAUUUUUUUUGAACAUGAAAUGAAACUCAAAUAAAAUUAAGUAUGCUAAAAAGGGAAACUCUAUAUUGUUCCUGUUGUACCUGUCGCAAAUUCGAACUUGCGUCGAAAAUGCUCUUCAUUCCUCUGUCUCAUUUCCGUUCAUACGUAUGAAAUACAUAUAUGGUAUAUGGAGUUGGCUAAAAUUUCAUGUGAUUCAGUAAACAGAAUAUACAUUCCAUCAUUGCUAGAUCGAUCCGUAUGGUUCGAUAAAUAGUGAGCUAAUAAUGGGAUUUUUCAAUAAACAGGAAACUUAAGAUUAAGAUGCUCCGGAAUGAUGGAAAUGAGGGAAUGUCCACAAUACCUGGAUUUAGUCAGAUCCAAUUUGAGGGAUUUUGUAGGUUCAUUAAUGAGGGCUUGACGGAAGAAUUUCAUAAGUUUCCAAAAAUUGAAGAUACAGAUCAAGAAAUUGAAUUUAAAUUAUUUGUGGAAAGAUAUCAAUUGGUAGAACCCUUGAUAAACGAAAGAGAUGCUGUGUAUGAAUCACUCACAUAUUCUUCUGAAUUAUAUGUACCCGCGGGAUUAAUUUGGAAAACCGGUAGAGAUAUGCAAGAACAAACCGUUUUUAUUGGAAACAUUCCCCUAAUGAAUUCCCUGGGAACCUUUAUAGUAAAUGGAAUAUACAGAAUUGUGAUCAAUCAAAUAUUGCAAAGUCCUGGUAUUUACUACCGUUCAGAAUUGGACCAUAACGGAAUUUCUGUCUAUACCAGCACAAUAAUAUCAGAUUGGGGAGGAAGAUCGGAAUUAGAAAUUGAUAGAAAAGCAAGGAUAUGGGCCCGUGUAAGUAGGAAACAAAAAAUAUCUAUUCUAAUUCUAUCAUCAGCUAUGGGUUCGAAUCUAAGAGAAAUUCUAGAUAAUGUUUGUUACCCUGAAAUUUUCUUGUCUUUCCCGAAUGAUAAGGAGAAAAAAAAGAUUGGGUCAAAAGAAAAUGCUAUUUUGGAAUUUUAUCAACAAUUUGCUUGUGUAGGCGGGGAUCCGGUAUUUUCUGAGUCUUUAUGUAAAGAAUUACAAAAGAAAUUUUUUCAACAAAGAUGUGAAUUAGGAAGGAUUGGUCGACGAAAUAUGAACCGGAGACUGAAUCUUGAUAUACCUCAGAACAAUACAUUUUUAUUACCACGAGAUGUAUUGGCUGCUGCGGAUCAUUUGAUCGGAAUUAAAUUUGGAAUGGGUACACUUGACGAUAUGAAUCACUUGAAAAAUAAACGGAUUCGUUCUAUAGCGGAUCUGUUACAGGAUCAAUUCGGACUGGCUCUUGUUCGUUUAGAAAAUGCGGUUCGAGGAACUAUAUGUGGAGCAAUUCGGCAUAAAUUGAUACCGACUCCUCAAAAUUUGGUAACUUCAACUUCAUUAACAACCACUUAUGAAUCGUUUUUUGGCCUACAUCCUUUAUCUCAAGUUUUGGAUCGAACUAAUCCAUUGACACAAAUCGUUCAUGGGCGAAAAUUGAGUUAUUUGGGUCCUGGAGGAUUGACGGGGCGAACUGCUAGUUUUCGGAUACGAGAUAUUCAUCCUAGCCACUAUGGACGUAUUUGUCCAAUUGACACGUCCGAAGGAAUCAAUGUUGGACUUAUUGGAUCCUUAGCCAUUCAUGUGAGGAUUGGCCAUUGGGGAUCUAUAGAGAGUCCAUUUUAUGAAAUAU